AUGGGUGAUCGGCCUGCAGGUCAACAACAGUUGCCAGUGCCCGUCCGGAUACCUUUGUCCAGUAUUCGUGCACAGACAAGGCCUCUCGGAAAUAUUGUCCCUGCCAACGUCCCUCGACCACCCAUGGUUAACCAGGUGUACUUGCUUCCUAAAUCUGGGAUAACUAAUAAUGUCCUUCCGAGUGCUCCGAGUGUGAUGCAAGUUAGGAGUUUGGCGGUUGGACAAACUGUACUCCAACCAAAUGGUGUACUUGCCACCACUCCUGUUAUGCCAAGAGUUGUCACAUCUCAGUCGGGUUCCUCAACUAAAUUGGUGGGAUUUUUUAACCAAUUGUUAGAACUAUCAAAAAAUGUCUCAGCUAGCACUCAUAGCUCAGUAGCGACGCUAAUUCAAGCAUUAGUGAAUGGAGAACUUGAUGCCAGUUCGUUCAGUGCGCAACUACGUAGCAAUCUUAAAAGUGCCAAUCCUGGUAUGGACCUCGCCCCAUUCAUAAAGGACAACAUAGAUUUACUUAGGAGAGAUCUAGCUAAUGGUGUCUGUCGUCUCCCAAACAUACAACCUCCCCCAAAAGAUAUCUUCACAGGUGUACCCACAGCGGUCCCUGUUUCGAUCGUAACAACAUUACCUACCCUAGGUCUUCAGCCCCGUUCUAAUGCUGCGGUUUCUACAACACUAGUUUCUUCGACAGUGCCCGCUGGUCCUCGCAUUACUCUGCCGACGAAUACAACUCCUCGCAUAGUAGGUACACUCAUGUCAUCAGUUUCGUCGCCAGUUAUUUCAACUAGUCCUGUCACUGUUCCAACACCUCGAACACAACCCCCACUACUGGCUCCUGCUCCUCCCCGGACGUGUAUAACGUCUAUCGUAAACUUUGAUGCAGCUUCAAGUUCUAACACCGGUGCAAAAUAUCGUUUAGCUCAGUCUUUUAGUGGUGUUUCAUCUUCAACGUCUGUCGUAUCUAAUACAACCGCUGCAACAGUGGUCUCGACACGUUUCACAUCGACUAUUAACGGUACGCGUUCGAACUACCAAAACCUGCGACCAAUUAUUGCUUCGUCCACUUCCACAGCAUUGGGUAUCAACUUAGCGUCGAUAAAGUCAGUUGCUGGUGUUUCUGCAUCUGUACCCCCUAUAAUUCGUGCUAAAUCUGGAUAUGCUAACACUUAUUCUCCUGGAAUUCUACCCGCUGUUCACAACAAAGUAGGCUCUAAUCUCCUAUCCUUGAAUGGAUCUACGGUAUUAAUAGAAGGUGUAGACCGAAAACAGAAUGACCUCUCGUUUUUGAGCGACGAUAUCCGUCACCCCGCUAUGUCACCUACACGUGACAAUCCAUUUUUCCCAUCAGAAAAAGUUAAGGAAAUAUUAGAAACUCAUGGCAUAAAAACACUAACAGAAGAAUCUAUCGCGUGUCUCGCCCACGGUUUGCAAAUAUUCAUCAAAAAUCUCUUAUCAAAGUUGAGGAUUGUAGUAUCACAUCGUCUCGAUCGUUUAGGCGAGGAUUCUCGUUUGGUUCAAACAGAUCACACACGUGAACAGUUGAGGUUUCUUCAGAAGUUGGAUGAACAUGACCGAGUGAGGCAAUCAGAAUUAGAAAAGGAUCUAAUUUUGAAGGCUGCAAAAUCACGUUCUCGAAAUGAAGAUCCUCAUCAGAUUCAGAUGAGGGAAAUGGCUCGACGAAUAGCAUCUGAAGAUUAUGAACGUGAAAAGCAACAUCAAGCCAAUCUUACAGCUCUUCAUGCUAUCGGUCCACAACGCAAGCGUCGUCUAGAUACUUUAGAUGAAAUGGGCAACCCUAUUUCAACAGAUAUUUUGGGAGCCUCUCUUCCAACAAGAGAUGGUGUGACAAAUUUGGUGAGUGCCCUACCUGCUGCUACUGCUAAUCGCCUUUCUAUUGUCAGUGCCAGUCGACUAGGUUUGGUAACAUCAGGACCAAACCUAACGCAACUCAAUUUAGAAGCUUCGCCAGCAAAUUCAAACUCGUUGGUCUCCGGUGUCAGUGGGACUGGUGAUAACAUGCCAAACACGUCUGGAUUUUCAUUAGCACUCAGUCUCAGGGCACAUCGUGCAACUCUCAGAGAUAUACAGGUCAUACUUUCUCGUACACCGAGGCUUCGUCGUACACGUACUUACUAUAGGACGUAUUGGCGCUCUCAGCCUUAA